UGCCGAUCACAAUGACUGUCCGGGCAGAUGUGGACAUUGCAGCAGUACGGGGGACAUAGGUGCUAAUACAUACGAAGGAAGAGCGAUGUGAUGAAAAGGAAGGGGGAGGGAGGAUCACAGGCUGAAUCAUCAACAGGAUGUGGCGACAGAGAAAGGCUGCACUAUCAACAAAUCAGGGGCUGGCAGGAGAAAUGCAGGACAGUGUGAGCAGGAGCUGGAUCGGGAGCCAUACUGACAGCAGGAAGACACCGAUCACACAGCUGGGUACCAGGAAUGAUCAACACUCUGCUGCAUAUGUCUGCAUGGAGAUCAGCUCUGUCCUUACUGCAUACCCUCAUCUGUGACUAUAUACCCUGCACACACAGGAACAUGACCUCCGCAAAUACCCACACAGGAUGACAACACUGACUGCAUUCUACUGUAUCUGCAGAAAAAAAGCAUUGGCACCCUAGGCUGCUCUCCUGAUUUGGACUAUAAACGACCCCCCCCCCCUUUUCAUCUUUGUUACACUAGGAGAAGGUGUUCUGUAGUGCCCCUUUUUUAUAUAGCUUACCAUACCUUAGAUAUGGUGGCUGCAUUCAUUUUCUUUUCUCCCUACUUUUUACCUGCUGACCCUGCCAGUAACACACUUUCUGUCCUAAAGUGACAACCCUCACUCCAUUCCUGCAGAGGAGCACCCUCCUGAUUUGGACUAUAAAUCUAUAAAUACACCCCCCCCCCCUCAUCUCUGUUACACAGGGAGGAGGUGUUCUGUAGUGCCCAUAUGAUAACUCGGAAAGCUGAUAGCAUUGCAUGAGAUAUAAGGUCAGUGCACAGAAGGUUAUACCAAGGCAUUGGAGUUCUGGCAAGAUCAACAAGUAUUUUUGAAAAAAAUGUACUUGGAAGGAAAAGAAUGCAGUAAUCACAUCUAAGGACUGGUUGUUCCAGAUAAUCAAAGGAUCAGCUUCUGGAGUCACUCAUUUGUAUGCCAUUGCUAACGUUAUUCAUUACGGAGUAUCUUGUUUUGCAAGGUUUCCUCUGUUGCAGUUGCACCCCACCAUUUCCUUAUCUUUGAACAGCUACUGGAUUGUAAAUGGAUAUACAGUCAGGAAAGUAAAAGAAUAACAUAAAGUAUUGUUGCAAAAUAUAAUUUCUACAUUACUAAAAGCCUCCUGCCUAUAAGGAGGUAAAAGAAUGAUGAUGACCAGCACUACCACCGACCAUGUAAAAAUGGAGCCCCCAUUUUAUCAUGAGGAUACUCUAAAUUUGCAAGAUUUUGCACAGAUUUCAGGAUACAGUGGAACUUCUCCUGGGGAGCCCCCGACAAAUCACCAAACUAGUGGACCAGAAACUGCUGUUUCCUAUACUUCAGAACAUAAAUUGAUGAGUGCUAAUAUAAUAAUUCAGGCUACACACCUAAAAAAGAAAGGCCUGGGUGUAGUAGCAGCAGCUUCAGUUCCCCCACCUGUCAUCCCUGAUGGUUUCUCUGAGGUGAUAACUCGAGGCACUGAUGCAUUGAAAUUAAUGCAAACUGUUAGCGGUAGACUGUCCGAUUCUGCCGUGGGCAGUCGUGAAGUUGUGGUUGGGAAUAACCUCAGUCCAGUACCAGCUUCUGAAGGUGGUGCCAUAGUAGUGGCAGCUGGCAACAGUACAGCUAGCAGUAACACUGGAAUCGAUGUGUCUCUACUUCCUUCAGCUUCUUCUGCUGCAUUGAGUUUACUUAAACUUUCUCCACCAGAACUAGAACACCUUUUAAUUCAAGCUGCUGGCUCUGGCCUAACAGCUACAUUUAGCAACAAUGCCAGUCUUGCUCCUAAUGUCCUUUCACAGCAGGGUAUAACUGUGCCAGCUACCACAGUUCCACAUCCCUUUUUGUACCGCAACCAACAAAUGAUCACACAAGAGCAAGAGGGCUUUGCAGAUGGCUUUGUUAAAGCAUUAGCAGACCUACACAAACAAAAUCAGCUCCUGGGAGCACCAAUUUCUCCAUCUGCUCUUGCCACAUGUUCCCCACCUUACCCAUCUCGCUCAUUGCACCCAGCUGGAGAGGUGCCAGUCUACACCAAUCUUAGCAACUUCAACCCUACAGCUGCUGCCACGCAGCUUAGUCCUCCACUCCCACAGCCACCUCCUCCUGCAUCCUAUACUGCUAAUUCUGCCACUGCAACACCCACAGUACAACUUCACUUUCCUGGACUCAAUCGCUUACAUACAGUUAGAGGUCCUCUGGAUGAACCACAAACAGUACCUGAUGUAUCACAGUCUGGGGCUUCCGGAGCUGGCGGCGGUGAGCCAAACACACCGCCUUCACUUUCACCAAUCGACCUAGAGACUCAAGAGAGGAUCAAAGCAGAAAGGAAAAGAUUGAGAAACCGAAUUGCUGCCUCUAAAUGCCGGAAGAGGAAACUCGAACGUAUUGCACGUCUUGAAGAGAAAGUUAAAAUGCUAAAGUCUCAGAACUCUGACUUAGCCUCUACUGCCAGUCUCCUGAGAGAGCAAGUGUCUCAGCUCAAGCAUAAAGUCAUGAGCCAUGUCACUAAUGGCUGCCAGAUAGCUGUGGCCAAGGCUUCACCUGGUUCAAAAGCUGAUGACAGCUCAAGCUGCUAAAAAAAAGUUAAGGAGAAUUCUUUAAAAAAAAAUAUCUAUCCUACUAAUGCCAGAGAUUUCCUCAAGCAGUAACAGCGGAGCUAGUCUUGUGAAGAGUGGGUUACAGUAUUUCCUUAAUCUGGAUAACUUGCCUUGUUCUAUUUUUGUUUCUUUUCCCAAGGCAAGCUGAUUGAGAUGAAAAAUGUGGUCACCAGCAAGUGAAGUCAUUUUGAUGGAAUACUAGAAUUGCACACAGCAGAUGCAUAUGCCUUAGGACAAGGCUUUAUGUUGAUUAUCCUUUGGUCUGCAACCUUAAGGGCCACUAAAGAGUUGUCAUCAAGUUUACUGUGUACUGAAUGAUUUUAUUUUUCUUCUAGCAUGGAAUUUUACGAGAAAAGGGAGAUCUACAAUCUGUUGCAAGGGUAUGUUUGAGAUAAGCAGCAAAAUAAUCAAAGGAUUACAAUAAUUUUUCAAUAAUACAGAGUGACAUUAAACCUGUAAGAAUGAGCUUAGACAACCCCUCCCUUCCACCCAGACUUUAACCUGCCGGACCUGUUUGGAUGUGUUUCUUUACAAACAGAGCAACUCUAAACUCUAUACAAGAAUAAAAAGGGAUAUAAAUAAGGUUUAUUUAGACGAUCAAUAAGUCAUUUCUUGUAUUUGUUAAAAAACAAUAUCAAGUCCACUUCUUUUAAGCCUGGGUUUGACUGGAAAAGUGGAAUGUAAAUGGAGUUCUUGCUUAUGCAAACCAAACUUUAUUGUGCAGUGCCAAAACUUUUUUGUUAGGUUAAAAUCAGCUAUAUGAUAGAGCAGGUAUUUUGGAAAAAGCGGCGUGUGUAACCAGAGAAAUUCACUUUUAAGAACUGCCAGGUUUUGUAGUGCUGUGAAUUUGUAUGAUUGUGUUUUAAUUUUCCUUUAAAGCAUUCAUUUGAAAAUGGUUAACAUGCACUCUAAACUUUUGGUUGCACAAAUGUAAAACAGCCUUACCAAUAUUCUGCAAAAUCCUCACAUCUGUGAGUCUAUAUUGAAGAUAUGGUAUAUAGGUUACUGUUAAAUCAUAAUUUGACUCAUGACAAUAGUAACAUUAAACCUAGUUUCAGGCAAAUGUUUAUCAUACCCUCACUAAUACCAGCAGAGAUGAGUAAUAAAAAGAUUGACAAAAAGUAACAAAGUGACAUACUAUGAAAAAAAAGAAAUGGACUGGGUGUAUGUAAUUUUGAUUUAAAUGCAUGUCUGGGUGGUUAAAUAGAGAUAAGUGAUAAUGCACUUAUGAGUUGUUAUACAACAAAGAGAACCCAGAUAUUUUUGUUCAAGCAUAAUAAUGAAUGCUUUUCAGAAAUGUAUUUGAAAGUUAUUGGAAUAAUAGAUAGCGCUUAGACUGAAACCUAUAUUUUAUUUAUUGCUAUCAGUCCUAAGCAAGACACUGAGUAUUUUUUGAUCUUAAGCUUUCUGGAUAUUGCACUAAAUGUACUUUGUAUACUUAAGUGAUGUGUAUUACUUGCCAAUCAAUUUAUUUAAUGUUUAUUUAAUUUAGAAAACAGGGGACCAUAUUGUUAUUUUUCUGUCGGUGAGUAAAAUGUGGGUUUAAGCACAUGGGUUCGAGAUCAAAAUUCUAUUUUAAAGUACUGAAAGAUAGUUUGUAAUAUAAAAGUUUACUUCUAAAAUGUAUGCAGACAGAUUACAGUAUUUGUGCAAGUGCACAUGACAAAAACCUAUGCUUUAAUCCAGACUGCAUAGAUCAGUUAAUUAAAACAGGGAUUUUUAAAAUGUGGGUCAGGCCAAAGAACAUCCAUUGCAGCACCAUUCCAUUUCAUUGAACAUUAUAGAAAUUCUAGAUUUGUGUAGUUUUUAUAUGGUAUAUUUUCUCAUAUUUUAAUUAAUUUAUAGACAGCAGUAUUUAAAACAAAUUAGUAUACGGUAAUUCCUACCCAGAAAAUGUUAGGUUCCCCUGACCUACAACUAUUUCAUAUUUUAUCUGGAAUAGUUUUAAACACUCUGAAAUGGGAUAAGUUUUCAUGCUAUAUAUUUAUUUUAUAAAUAUAAAUGUCAUUGUAUUUUUGCUAGAAUGAAAAUGUGUGUAUAUAUAUAUAUAUAAAGCUAUUUGGACAUUGCACAUUGUAUUCAAUUUGCAAUUGAGACGUAAAUGCCCAUAGAAUGAGAGGGAAUAACUUGCGUAUUAAGAAACAUAGCUUUGAGUUCUCUUAGCUUAUUCCAACUGCCUUUUGAGUUAUUUUCCUUUUAUGCUGUGGGCAUUGAAAUUCUAUUUAUUUAUUGAAACUUCGACUUUUUUGGGUUUAAGUCGAGACAUCUAUUUUUAUAAUACAUUUUGUUUUAAUAGGCUAACUUUAUAAGAGAGGAACAAGUGGUACCUGUUUUUGCCUCUGGUACCUCUUUUGUAAUGUGUACAUUCCAGCUUGCUGUGCAGUACUCUAUGUUCUUUAGAUUACAUAGCAGAACUUUAAAAAAAAAAAAGGUGACAGGUUAAGUAAGGGCUCACAACUCUUUUUGAUCACACUUUGUUUCAUUGUAGGCAUUUGGGGGAAAAUAAAACGUGUAUUUAUUGCAGAAGAUGUGAUGACAUUUCUUGCAGUCAUCAUUUGAAAUUAAAAUUGCCAACAUAUUAGUUCCCUUCUUUGGGAGAUUUUUUGUUGUGAGCUAGGAAAUUGUGUAAUUGUGAUAUCUGUACUAUGCUACACAAACAAAGGGAAGUUAGACAUGUUUUGUGUUCUUUCAGGAUACAUAGGUUCUUUUUUGCACAAUGGUGUCAUGAAAGAAAAAUUUGUGUAUUUAAUGUUGUGUAUGUGUGUGCGCGUGUGUUUUUUAAUGGAAAUAUACAGUGGCUUGUGAUGCUUUCUAUACUCCUCCCUGGCUCACUCUAUGUUUACCUAUAGUGUCAUUUUGUUAUGUCUUAAAUUUGGUGAGUAAAAGCAAUGUGUUAAUGUAGUAUAUGUUAAGAACUAUUUUGGCACUUGUGUUGUGCUUGAGAUCACUCGUUGAGCUUGUACACCUCUUACCAUGCUUUUUAGUAGUAACACACUUUAAAGAGCAGUAGUAGUUUGAUUGCUUUACAAGUUGCUGUUUCACUCCUAAUUAUAUUCUCUAUUGUAAUAGUAGUAGUAGUAGUGGAUCUUGGAGGAUCAUAUACAAGCGUUUGUGUGGUUUGUAUGAGAUAAAGUGAUCUGUCAAACUGUCAAGGCAGUACAAUCAUGUGUUGAUAAUUAAAGGAAUUUAGCCAUUGUAUGUCUGUCUCGUAACCUUUUUAGGAGAACCAUAAAAAAGUGAAAGUUA